AUGAAGAACUCGGAUCCUCUCAAAAAUAAAUUCUUCGGCAGUUUUAUGAUGAAGUCGGCUUACUAUUUUUGCCUGUUACCCGACGUUCUGGACUUCAAAACUAAAUUUACUCGAAUGUUUUACAUUUAUUGUGGUAAAUUUGUCUACAGUAUAGUAAUUUUCGUUAACUUUAGUCAAAUUGUUAAGUUAUAUCAGAUUUUCAACGACGAAACGUUAAUUGUUGCCGAAGUCUUCAGAAAUUUGAAUGUCACGCUUUACUUUGCUAAUGUUAUUAUCAGGGGUAUUUUUUUGAAAGGCAAACUCAGCGGCAAAAUCUUCAAAAAAGUUUUCGAAUUCGAGAACUUCAUUUAUUCCACUGGUGACCCUACAGUUCAAACCGCCUACGAAACAUCUCUGAUUUUAGUCCAAAGAACUAAGUACUGUUACUUCAUAAUUUCGGUGCUUAUGAUGGGCGGCUACGUUCCAGCACCAUUGUUUAGGGAUCCUUAUUACCUAACUCUAGGUAACGAGACAGUAGCCGUCACCCAAACGCCCAUAUCUAUAUGGAUACCAUUCGACAACUCCUAUUUUCUUUCUUACGUGUACGCCACUUCAUUUGGAUCCUUCACGACUUACAUUAUGAUUUCAACAGAUAUGCUUUGCUAUUGCUUUAUUCUUUUUGGGGUUUGUCAAUUGGACGUGUUGUGUCACUACAUACGUAACUUCCAAAGAUAUGCUUCUGAGCACUCGGCUACGCACAGAACGACUAUGGAGGACUCUUACAAGAAGAUGCAGGAGGAAAACAUACAGAGGCAUAAAGACAUUAUUAACUACGUAAUACAAUUGAAUAAAACUUUAAGGAACAUAUUGCUACUGGAUUUUAUGCCUAGUUCCAUUCAAAUGGCGACAAUAAUUUAUUUAAUCGUGACAAAUCUGAGCCUGGUGCAACUGCUCCUCCUCAGUCAAUUCGCCAUAUUUCACCUCGUCAGGGUUUUCAUUUAUUGCUACAGUUCGAACAUAUUGACUCAGAGAAGUCACGAAAUCGGAAAAUUGUGGUACAAUUUGGAUUGGACCGUUUAUCCUGAGGACGUACGCAAAAAUAUCGUAAUGUGCAUUAUGAGGCCUCAGAAACCUUUGUAUAUUUCAAUCGGAAAGUUUCACAAUAUUGCCUUGGAGACCUUUUUAGCGAUUGUACGAGGAGCUUAUUCUUAUUCGUUGCUACUUUCCAGCAUCUAGAAUGGACAGUUUUGUACAGGAUGAUUCAAAAUAACAAAUCUGCUGCUACUUUCUAACAAAAACGUUAACAUAUUAUGUAUGGAGAGAUGAUAGGGAAAUAUAGUAAAAAAUACAUUUAGGGUAAAUAAUAUAGAUAAUAUUACAAGCAACAGCAGUUUUCUACUAGAAUUUUUUUUUAUUGUAAUGAAUAUUUAUUUAUUCUUCUACAGGGUGUAGGUACCUAUCAAGUUUGAUU